AUGGCAGACUAUGGUGCGCCGGACGCUCGCUACCAGGGUGCUAGGGCCGCAAACUAUGGCGGCUCAGCCGACCGUCAAAGAGAUGCCGCGUUCCAUAACAUAUUCGGGGGUGCGCCGCCUCCAGGGAGGUCGCAGACAAUGACAAGCCAGUCCGCAAACAUGAUGUAUGAUCGGCUCCCCAGCAUGAGCUCGGCAACACAGUCUCCACAUACCAUGUCGAUGAGACAGGGCCCUCCACCACCGAUGCGGCAGAUGCCCCAGGGCUACGAUCGAACAAAUGGCAUAGCACCAGGACAGCCGUACAUGAACGGAAUGAAUGGGACAAGAGCACCACCACAUAACCCAGCACCGAUGUUUCCAGAUCGGAGACCAUAUCCUCCACCUCAGCGUAUUGAUCUUCGGCCAGGCGGCCCGCCCUCCAUGCCAAUAGGCCCGUAUGAUCGCAAACCAGUCCCGAACCGUAUGCCACCUCCAGCCUUGAACAAUGAUGCUUUCCGGUCACGAUCUAUGGUGCGACCAGGCGAACCCACGCUAAGCUACAGACCUCCUCCCGGCAGUUACCAGCAGGGAACCGCCGGUUCGUUCAGACAACAGCCAUAUACUUCAAUGGGUGCUUCAAGGACGACUGCACAAGGAAGGCACAUACCUGAACGACCAGACGACAAUAGGGCAAUGUCCAUGGGGUCGUAUUCGUUGGAUCGCGAUCACGCACAGCAAUUGACAAGUGGAAGGGUUGUACCUGGACGUCCACGGGAACAAGAGUCGGAUCCUUUUGCGGAUCGUAACUCCAUCAGCGGCUCUUUUGUCUCGGCCAACUCUCCAUCGUAUGGUCAACUACCGCAUUCUCGGCGCCCUAGUGAAGCAAGUGUUCCUCCACGUACCGUCUCAGCAGCCUCUGCCACCUCAACUUCAUCUGACCUGACAACGACGACCUUGAACGGAUCUCGUAGUGACAGUAUGAAGACCAGACCUACUCCUACCUCCCAGUCAUCUGGGCAAAGCCAGGCAUCAACAGUUGUUCAAAGAAAGUCACCUCUCGUCUAUCCUGCUCUUCUUUCACGAGUGGCAAGCGUUUUCCAGGAAAGAAUCGGUGUAGGCGACAGAACCAAGAACGACCUCUCUUACAAGAACGCCUUUACGGGUGCAGAAGCUGUUGACUUGAUUGCAUACAUCAUCAAGACCACCGACCGCAAUCUGGCACUCCUUCUCGGGCGAGCCCUCGAUGCUCAGAAGUUCUUCCACGACGUCACUUAUGAGCACCGCCUGAGAGAUGCCCCUGGGGAAGUGUACCAAUUCCGUGAGACCAUGGGAGAAGAAGCCUCAUCCAAAGAUGUGAAUGGUGUGUUCACAUUGCUUACAGAAUGCUACUCACCGACCUGCACCAAAGACCAGCUCUGCUACUCAAUUGCAUGCCCAAGACGGCUCGAACAGCAAGCGCGGCUCAACCUCCGACCACAACCAGGACUACGACACCACAAUUCAAGAGGCAGUCUACAUGGGGAUGAUGACCAGGAACAGAAACUUUGGAUCAAUAGCGUGCCCAAGGAGGUGGCCGAUAAACUCGAUGACCGAGAGAAGAAGAGACAGGAAGUCAUCUCCGAGAUCAUGUACACCGAACGCGACUUUGUCAAAGACUUGGAAUACCUCCGCGAUUUCUGGAUAAGACCACUGCGCGGCUCAGGUCCUGGCCCAUCCCCGAUCAAAGAAGAGAGACGAGAAAAGUUUGUGCGCACGGUGUUUGGCAACUGCCUGGAAGUGCUGGCCGUCAACGGAAGAUUUGCCGAGGAACUCUCCAAGCGACAGAAGGAGCAACAUGUCGUCCACUCCAUUGGUGAUGUGUUUUUGAAAUGGGUGCCUCAGUUUGAUCCCUUUAUCAAGUACGGCGCGAAUCAAAUGUACGGUAAGUACGAGUUUGAGAAGGAAAAGGGCGCGAACCCGGCCUUCGCGCGCUUCGUCGACGAAACCGAACGUCUCAAAGAAUCAAGGAAGCUCGAACUGAACGGUUACCUGACCAAGCCGACCACGCGGUUGGCCCGAUAUCCACUUCUUCUGGACAAUGUUUUGAAGUACACCAAAGACGACAACCCGGACAAGAAAGACAUACCCAAGGCUAUCGGCCUCAUCAAGGAUUUCCUGGCUCGUGUGAACGCCGAAAGUGGCAAGGCGGAGAAUCAUUUCAAUCUCCUCCAACUCAAUCAACAGUUGAAGUGGAAUGCCGGAGAAUACACGGAUCUCAAGCUCACGGAGGAGAAUCGCGUGAUCCUGACCAAGAUGAGUUUCAAGAAGAGUCCCACCGACACAGCCGAGGUCCAAGUGUAUCUGUUCGACCACGCUGUGCUGAUGUGCCGAGUCAAGAAUGUGAACAAGAGAGAGGAACUUCGCGUGUAUCGAAAGCCGAUCCCAUUGGAGCUUCUGGUGAUUGCCGAAAUGGACCAGGUCAUUCCCCGUCUCGGCAUCGCCAAACGUCCGUCGUCAAGCUUGAUUCCUGGCGCGAAGUCGUCCAUGUCCAGCGCCCCGGGUCAGAAAGAGGUGUAUCCAAUAACAUUUCGACACCUUGGAAAAGGAGCUUAUGAACUUCAAUUGUACGCCACCUCGAUCACGCAACGUAAGAAGUUCAUCGAGCUGGUUGAGGAACAACAGCGAAAGCUCCGCGAGAGAAGUAGCAAUUUCUACACCAAGACCAUUCUUUGUCAAGGCUUCUUCAACGCUCAGAAUCGGGUUAAUUGUCUGGUACCAACCGAUGGAGGUCGCAAGUUGAUCUAUGGGACCGACAAUGGGAUCUAUAUCGCUGAUCGUUGGCCCAAAGACAAAUCCACCAAGCCAAAACGCAUUCUGGACGCCACCCAGGUUUCGCAGAUUGACACUCUGGAGGAGUAUCGACUUCUCCUGGUCCUCUCCAACAAGACACUCACCUCUUAUCCGUUUGAGGCUCUCGACGCAAACAAUCAGAAUCCUCUAGCCACGAGACCGCGCAAGAUUCAAGGACAUGCCAACUUCUUCAAGGCCGGAAUUGGCUUGGGAAGACAUUUGGUGUGUUCUGUCAAGACCUCGGCGCUAUCCACCACCAUCAAGGUGUAUGAGCCAAUGGAUGACCUUACUAAGGGUAAGAAGAAGCCAACAAUCAGCAAAAUGUUUGCCAGCGGUCAAGAUGCUCUCAAGCCUUUCAAGGAAUUCUAUAUCCCGGCUGAAUCCACUUCGGUGCACUAUCUACGAUCAACCUUGUGUGUCGGAUGCGCCAGAGGCUUUGAGGUCGUUUCCUUGGAGACCACCGAACGGCAGUCUCUACUUGACCAGGCCGACACGUCUCUGGAUUUUGUGACAAGAAAGGAAAACGUCAAGCCCAUCCACAUAGAACGUUUGAACGGCGAGUUUCUACUCAACUAUUCCGACUUUAGUUUCUUUGUCAACCGGAACGGCUGGCGUGCUCGGCCCGAUUGGAAGAUCACCUGGGAAGGCACACCGCAGGCGUUUGCAUUGAACUACCCAUACAUUCUCGCGUUCGAGCCCAGCUUUAUCGAGAUCAGACACAUUGAGACCAGCGAAUUGAUUCACGUCAUGACUGGCAAGAAUGUCAGGAUGCUUCAUUCUAGCACACGAGAGAUCUUGUACGCAUACGAAGACGAGAACGGCGAGGAUGUGAUUGCCAGCCUUGACUUCUGGACCCAGGCACAAGUUUGA